ACGAAUCCGGAAGUGCGUCUUUCUCCGGUGGGCGUGCGGGGUCGGUGGCUGCGUUAGCUCUGGUGCGGCUGUGCCGGGGCGGGGGGAUGGCGGCCACCGCGGAGCUGCAGGGGAAGUACCAGAAGCUGGCUCAGGAAUACUCCAAGUGGUCCUGCUGUACCUUGGACAUUAAAUAUGGCUCAGGAUAAGAAGCAUUCUUUCAACUUUGUCUUGCAACUGUCAGCCUGCAAUGUUCCACUGGAUCUUUAUGGGAACUGUUUUUUAUUCUUAUUCUGUUUCUUGCUGAGCAGCCCCAGAACACUGUGGGAUCACCUUUCCAGCUGGACUAAAACAUAUCAAAUGAAUACAAACUACCAUUGAAGAAAGAAACCAGGAUUCAAGCACACAUCAAGAAUUGGGAAGCUGACGCUGUUGGUAUCCUUACUGCCACAGGGUAGAGUUCAGGAUACAAACUUGGUACAACUUUUCUACCUGGAAUUACCUUCUUGAACAGAAUGCCUUAAGAAGCGUGCACAUCUAGUGCUGUCAUGAAACUUCGAGCUCAGAACCAAGUACUGAAAAAGGGGGUUGUAGAUGAGCAAGCGAACUCUGCAUCUCUGAAGGAGCAAUUGAAGAUGAAGGACCAAUCGCUGAGAAAAUUGCAACAAGAAAUGGACAGCCUGACCUUUCGAAAUCAGCAGCUUGCCAAGCGAGUGGAGUUGCUUCAAGAUGAACUUUCAUUAAGUGAAACUAGGGGCAAGAAGAACAAGAAAAGUGCAGAAUCUUCAUCUCAGUUGAGUCAAGAGCAGAAAAGUGUCUUCAAUGAAGAUCUUCAGAAGAAGAUAGAAGAGAACGAACGACUGCAUAUACUUUACUUUGAAGCGGAUGAGCAGCAUAAACGGUUAGAAGCAGAGCUGAGAACUAAACUGGAAGUUCUGGAAAGUGAUGCUGCCCAGCAUCAAGCUGUGGUGGACAGCUUAACAAGGAAAUACACGGAUACCAUUGAAAAGCUGCAGAAUGAUAAAUCCAAAUUGGAAAUCAAGUCUCAGACACUAGAAAGAGAAGCUAAGGACUGUAGGCUUCGAACCGAAGAAUGUCAGCAGCAGUUAAAGAAUCUUCAAGCAGCUUUGGGCAGUAGACUGGAAGAAUCCCUAUGCAUAAUCAAUGAAAAAGUACCUUUUAAUGACACAAGAUCUAAUCGGUACAACGCUCUGAAUGUACCAUUGCACAACAGAAGAUAUCAGCUCAAGUUACGAGACCUUGCUGGCCAGGCAUUGUCUUUUGUGCAAGAAAUUGUAACAGCUCUACUGAAUUUUCAUACGUAUACUGAGCAGAAGGUCCAGAUCUUUCCCAUUGAUUCUGCAACAGACACUAUAUCACCAUUAAAUCAGAAGUUCUCACAGUAUCUUCAUGAAAAUGCUUUUUAUGUUCGCCCUCUGGAGGAAGGAAUGCUUCAGUUGUUUGAGAGUAUUACAGAAGAUACUGUGACAGUCCUGGAAACAGCUGUGAAAUUGAAGGCCUUUUCAGAACAUUUAGCUUCGUAUUUAUGCUUUUUAAGGAAGAUUCUUCCUUAUCAGUUGAAAAGUUUGGAAGAAGAGUGUGAGUCUUCUCUUUGCACAGCUGCUUUAAAGGCUAGAAAUAUGGAGCUACACAGAGACAUGAAAAGGUUGACGGCGAUCUUUGAGAAGCUACACACAUAUGUUAGUCUUCUUGCUUUACCAAGUACAAAACCAGAAGGACUACUGCGAACAAAUUACAGCUUGGUGUUUACAAACAUUGCUGCAAGCCUUCAUGGGUCUCAUGACAUCCUAAAAGACAUUUCCAAGCACUACAGUCAAAAAGCUACACUAGAACAAGAUGUUCCAACUGCCACACAGAAGCUUGUGACUACAAAUGACUGUAUUUUGUCCUCCAUUUUGUCUUUAACAAAUGGAGUAGGCAAGAUUGCUUCAUUCUUCAGCAACAACUUGGAUCACUUCACUUCUUCAUUGAGCUAUGGCCCAAAAGGAGGAACAGAGUUCAUCAGCCCUCUUUCAGCAGAGUGUAUGCUGCAGUACAAGAAAAAGGCUGUUGCCUAUAUGAAGUCUCUGAAGAAGCCUUGUGCAGAUUCAGUGCCUUAUGAAGAGGCUUUGGCCAAUCGCAGAGUUCUUCUGAGUUCAACAGAAAGUAGAGAAGGUCUUGCACAACAGGUCCAGCAGAGUUUGGAGAAAAUUGCAAAACUUGAACAAGAAAAAGAGCACUGGAUGUUGGAGGCCCAGCUAGCAAAAAUAAAACUGGAGAAGGAAAACCAAAAGCUGAAGAACUCUCUUAGUGGACAUUUAGCUGAAACUGUACAAGAACGUUCUGUUUUAUCAAAUACAGCUGAACAAAAGGAGGAAACCACAGAGAAGAGUCAAAGGGAACCUAUCAAAACUACUAGUCUGAUUGGGAUGUUGACUAUAACUACUGAUAACGAGAAGGUUCCAGAUGUUGAAUCUCGCGAAGACUUGAUUAAAAAACACUAUAUGGCAAGAAUAGCAGAACUUACGUCCCAUCUACAGCUUGCUGACAGCAAAUCAGUACACUUUCAUGCAGAGUGUCGAGCACUUGCAAAAAGACUGUCUUUAGCAGAGAAGUCCAAGGAGUCACUCACAGAAGAGUUGAAACUAGCUAGUCAAAGCAUCAGUAGAUUACAGGAUGAGUUGAUGACAACAAAGAGAAGUUAUGAGGAUCAGUUAAGCAUGAUGAGUGACCAUCUCUGCAGUAUGAAUGAGACUCUAACUAAACAAAGGGAAGAAAUUGACACGCUAAAGAUGACUAGUAAGGGAAACUCUAAAAAGAACAAAACCCGAUAGCUCCCAGCUCAUCAGCUGUCUGUGGAGGCUGCUGCUGAAGAGAGUGCAGAUACUGUCUGGUGCCUGUUGUUACGGAAAGCAGGGUGGUGUUGGGUCUUGUACGAACUGAUUUGGUGCUGUACAUGGCUUUAAAAUAUUUAGCACUUCCAACAGGUAGAACUUGGUGUUGUCUCUAAACCAGGACACGUACACUCUGUGGAUAAUUUGUAAUUACCUUCAGUUUUUACUGUGCACUUUUUAAAACUGGGUUUUAAUUUCCUGUAAUAACUUCAGCUUUUGUAUAUUUUUUCAAAUAUGAUUAUGCAUUAAGAAAUUUGGUAUCGGUGCAGUAGUUGUCCGUUUCUGAAUUACGUUAAAUUGUCAACAGCUGUACGUUGAGUUCUUGCUAAUGACAGUUUAAAAAUUAAUCUGGAAACUUUGGCCAUGUGAGCUGUGCAGCUACUAUAAAUGUACUCCUGCCCUCUGAAAUGAAUUCAAGUGUGUCUUUAAAUGAUUUCUCUAAAUUCCCAUGGGUAAGUGGGAUCGGUCUUCAUCCCCACCCCACUUUUUUUUUUGUUAGAUUGCAAUAGUGGAAACUCUUGCUACUUGUAUUUGGCACUUUGGAUUUUGAAAUAAAGAGCACAAAUAGCUGAACUGGGAAACUUCUCUGAAAUUGCUUUAAGCCCUAAUUUUGGCAUUUUGUAUACACGUGUAUAUAUUCUGGUUGAAAUAGCUGUUAAAAGCUAUAGGAAAAUGUGAUCGUAAUUUUGCCCCAAAAGAGUGAAGCAAUAUGUGUGUGUAUGUAGAAUAGAUCAGCUUACUGUGCUCUCUUACAAUGAAGAAUACAAAAUACGUAGAACAUUGAAACACUGAAUUUGCAAAAAGUCUCUCAUAGGGUUAGUCCUGAUGGGUCGACUGAGGAGCUGCACGUGGCUUUUCUUGUGCUCUAGGAAGCUUGUGAUCUCUUGGCCUCUCAAGAUUCUUUAAGUGAAGUCUAAUAACACACGGUUUCAUGACAUCUGACUUUUUUUUUUUUAAACCAGAUGUUGUGCUGCUCCACACUGAUCUUCUGUUCCAUAACUUGCAUUGUGGCACUCAGUUGUCCCAUAAGGGUUUACUCUGAUAUCAGCUGUGUCGGUGUGUUAUCAGUAUGUAACAAUAAAAUCAACUAAACAAAA